GUCUCCUUUAAAAUCUUUUUCUGCGCCGUUCAAUAUGAAUAGCCAACAGAAGCAUUUGCGGCAUGUAAUGCUUCAUUACUUUAAAAAAGGUCCUGCAAAGAACACUGCAGAUGAGAUUUGCACCGUUUAUGGGAGUAGUACUACAACUAUUAGAACCGUCCGCAAUUGGUUUAAGAAAUAUAGAGCUGGCAAUUUUGAUUUGAAAGAUGAAGACCGCAGCGGACGCCCAGCAACGAUGGAUACGGACCUCAUCAAGAGUAUGCUUGUUGAAAAUUCGCGAUAUGGUGUGCGCGAGAUAGUGGAUGCCAUUAACAUUCCCAGAAUAACGGUACAUAAUCAUUUAAUCAAAAUGGGAUAUGUGAAUCGGUAUGAAGUCUGGGUUCCACGCCAAUUGAUAGAGACCGACCUUAUGAAUCGCGUUUCUACAUGCAAUUUGCUUCUUCAGCAACAUGAAAAAAAUCCUUUUUUAAAGAGGCUUAUCACUGGAGACGAGACUUGGAUUUUAUAUCAAAAUGUGCAUCGAAAACGCACUUGGUCUAAGAAAAAUCGAUCUUCAAUUGUUACGAAACCAGGACUUUAUCCAAAGUUCUUUUGUGUAUUUGGUGGGACUAGAAAGGUGUAGUGUACUACGAACUCCUUCCACAAGG